AUGAGUAGACGAGUCGGCUUGACCGCCAACGCUCCCGGCUUGCUCAAGACUGUGGGCAAUCGCCCGCGUCGGGCGACGAGAGCUCCGCCGAAAGCUCCCGUUGCCGACGAUGAUCCGCCGCAGUCCUCAGAUAACGGAGAGGACUCGCUCAGCGAGGGCACGGUUCAGGCUGCUGAAUCCAGUGACCGAGCCGCCUCUCCCAAGCGCAAAGUCUCAAUCCGACGACAAUCGUCGCCGCUGGACAGCGACUUUCAGAGCUCGGCGGAUGAAAGAUCAGAGAGGGCCGCCAUCAAAUCGACGGACUUUGCGUCGAAAUCAUCACAAGCCAAAACUACUCUGACGAAACGGCAAAGGGUAUCAAGGUUACCUGAGCCUGAACGUCCACAACCCAAGGAAAAGCUCAAGCCGGGGAACCAUCUGAAGAACAAAUGGGACCUUGUAGGUCUUAAACAUCAAGUCAAAACUACGUAUGGAAAGCGCACAAGAAGCUCGCAAAGCAGUCAGCCAGGCUCAUCACAAGGCAGCAACAAUUUUCACAUUCCCAGUUCAUUAGAGAGUCCGCAAAAGAAGAAACCAUCGAGAUUCGUAGUGCCAGACAACAAAAUACCGUCGUCCCCCGGCAGCUCUCCGAAGAAACUCUUGACCCAUUUAAACGGCAACGCCGACAGUGAAGAGGAUGACAGCAUUCUUGCAUCGUUGGAAGAUGAAAAGGGCUCCAAAAAGGGAAAAAGGAAUCCGUCUCCGCCAUCAUCGCCGCCACGAGCCGUAUUCAAACUACCGCGAGACUUUCUGAGCAGAUCGCCGGGUGGCAAAUCACCCAUCAACGACGCACAAGACGAGGCCAAGCUCUCCUCCGACGACGAAGAGGACGGCGAGCGGUCUACGCUCAAGGUGCCAGAGGAGCCCUCUGAACUGCCGCCGUCGCCGUCGGCCAAGUGCCCCUGGUGCGGCGAGGCCGUCGGCCGCGCGCUCCUCGACGACUUUUUCCACGGCAGGCGCCUCAACGUGCACAUGCAGACGCGCUUCUGCCAGCUGCACAAGCAGCGCGCCGCCGAGCAGACGUGGCGGGACCUCGGCUACCCGACCAUUGACUGGGACGCCUCCGAGGCGCGCUUCGCCGCGCACCGCGAGCACCUGCACGCUGUCAUUGUCGACGGCCGCGGCUCGCACUUUCGCGAGGCGCACGCGCGCAACGUGGAAAAGGGCUCCGCGCGGACCAUGCUGCGCCGCGACGAGAAUUUUAACCCGGGCUACUACGGCCCGCGCGGCUUCAACGCCAUGUGCGACUUUCUCGUGAGGACGUUUGGUGAUGCGCUCAAAGACCGCGCUGUCGACGACAAGGUCAUUGCGGGUCGCGGGUCCGCUGCGUUUAUCCAGGCAGUGCUGGUGGCGGAGCUGGGCGUCCAGCUCAUCAUGGAGGAUAUGGAGCUGUCCGAGUCAGAAGCCAGGCAGGUCAUGGAGGAUAGCAAGGGCAUCGGAGAACUUGUACAGCCAGAGGUGGAAAAGUAA